UUUGAGGUUCACAGAUAUCCGCAGUAAUGGUAGAAGUCCAAAAUGACCACAGAAUUUUUCUUUAAUCUAAUAAAUACUCUACAGAAGAACUUUUGUACUGAAAUCGCAUCUACGAUUCAAACGAGUAAACUCGGCUUUCUUAGAUUACCUCGGAGCGGAGAAAGAUUUCUCGAUUCUGACAUUUUCCAGUUUUAAAUCUCCAGCCUGAAACACCACGACGCACACUGUGUCAAAAUGAGUAUGAGAUCCGCCGGAUGGCGACGGCGGCGACUGUCGGUACACUUUUUCCUGAUCUCAAGUGCAGUGUUCACUGGCCUGGGCUUAUUGAUCCUCACUCUUAGGUCCAUCGAUCCGUCCACUGACCUUCCGAUCAAGAAUACCGCCAUUCAAAUUGUUGAAAAGGAUGAAAAUCUUUCCAGUAUGAUCGACAGAACUCUUAAUAAAUCUGAAGAUGCUAAGGUUAAAAAGGAUGUCAAAAAUUGUGCAACGGUGGAAGAGAUGGGGGAGAUCUUUAGCAAAAGCUAUCGGGAGGAAAGCCUCAGAGUGAGAAGAAUAAUUCAGAAUCACUUUGCUCUUAAUGGUGCUUCAAGAGUACGAGGAAUCCCUCCAGAUCAGUUCUGCAGGCAUGGUUUUGUGAUUGGAAAAGCAUCAGAAGCUGGUUUGGGUAAUGAAAUGUACAAGAUGUUAACUGCUGCAGCACUGAGUGUGAUGUUGAACCGGUCACUGAUUAUUGGGCAAACCAGGGGUAAAUACCCUUUUGGAGACUACGUCUCCUAUUCCAACCUUUCCUUCACCUUGAAAGAAGUCAAACAUUUAUGGAGACAACAUGGUUGUCUGACAAAAUAUGGAAGGCAUCUAGUGAUGAGGAUUGAUGAUUUUCAGAAACCAGCACGAACGAAUGUUCUCUGCAGCAAUUGGAGAGAAUGGGAUCAACCUAUCAUAUGGUUCCAAAAUACAACAGAUGCUGUAGCUGCUCAGUUUUUCUUAAAGAAUAUACACUCUGAAAUGAGAAAAACUGCUUCUAAUCUAUUUGGUGUGCCCGAGAAUCUUGAACUCAGGCCUAAUGUAUUUGGAGAGCUGAUGAGAGUUCUCAUAUCUCCUUCUGAAAAUGUUGAACGGGCAGUUAAUUGGGCUCUUAAUGAUGGGGCUGAUCCUGAUAUUGCACUGCACAUGAGGAUGCUUAUGAAUGGGUCUGUGAGAGCAGUGCAGGCAGCCUUGGGUUGCAUUAGAAGAGCUGUCAAAAAUCUGCAAUUGAUAUCCAAACCUAAAGUGGUUUUAGUUUCGGAUACCCCUUCUACCGUGAAGGAUAUUGCACGAAAUUUGGCUGAAUUUGCAGAGGUUCUUCGCUUUGAUUAUGAACGUUAUGGAAAUAUCUCCGGAGAAAUGUACAAAUUAAAUAACGUAAAUUUUAGAGUGAAGGAUUGGGGUCCAGCCCCCAGAUGGGUGGCCUUUGUCGACUUCUUUCUUGCGUCACGUGCAAAACAUGCUGUUAUUUCUGGGGCUAACCGACGUGUUGGGACAACUUAUGCUCAGUUGAUUGCAGCACUAGCAGCGGCUAACAGACUCGAAGAGAAUUCUUCGACUCUUCCGAGCAUUACAUUCCUUAGUAGCUUUCAUAGCAACUUGCUUUCAGACGGUUUAAGAUUUCAGGUUGGAUGGGGUCAUAUAUGGAACAGAUUCGCCGGUCAGUUGAGUUGUCACAACCAGCGUAACCAAUGUGCAUUUACCCCACUUCUUCCUCCUGCUUGGUGGGAUGGACUUUGGCAAUCACCUCUUCCACGCGAUAUCCGUAGGAUGGAAGCAUAUGGGAUUCGACUUUCAGGUUUUGGAACAUUUAAUGAUGACCGCUUAAAUUCUUUCUGUAGGUCUAGGAAAAAUGUGGUGGUUACUGUUCCUUUAAUAUAAGCAUUGGGAGUUUUUUUCCCUUGGGAUUCACCUAGUAUCAUUACGCUUUUUCUAGAUUUGUUAAUUCUUUCAGAUUGUUUUAUGCGUUAUGCUAUGCAUAUUAACACUGUUGUAUAUCUAGCUGUGGAGACUCUUCUGUAGAAUUAGACAAUUUCUAAAAAUUCAGAGACUAGUUUGAAGGUGUUAACCUUUCUGGGACGAAAUAGUACGAGCAAAAACGUGUAUUGCAUGUUUGGUUUGUAGUACGCAACAUGGAGAGUAUAAUGAUCGAGAUUUUAGCGUAAA